UAUACUACACUUUGUAAAAGCGACCAUCUGGGGAUGGUGUACUUGCUGCAGAGUUCUCCCCUACUUGAAAGGCUAGUCAUAUGCAAUCCAGAAUCUGAUAAUAUCACAUUCGAGUACAAGGAUUUUUCGGAGCUCUUGGACUUUGAUGAAAUGCAAUUUUGGCACUUACAGAAGGAGUUCUGUUGUGUUUCCAAUCAUCUUAAAAGGGUUGAAAUUGUCGGGUUCGAACUUGACAAUGAGAAAUCAAAAAUUUUGCUUGCCCUGGCUAAGUUUCUUCUCGAGGAGGCAGUUGGAUUGGAGAAGAUGAUAAUUGUCCUUGAAUUAAAGAUGUCGCGUGGAGGAGUACCCAUUGACCCUCAUGAUCUUGGUGAUUUUCACGAUGUGAUUCAGCUGCAAGAAGGCUGUCGGAGAGCUUCUCGAAAUGCUGAAGUUAUAGUCAAGUAUCGUUUGAAUGGACUCCCUCGUGAGUUAUGAAGCAUAAGCAGAUCGCAGGUAGCCAGCACUCCCCUAGAUUGCAUGACCCAGGUAGCUUUGAUUUGUAAAUAAAAUUGCUUCUCUUUUUGUGCCACUUUUG